AUGGCAAAACUCAAAAGUCCAGCAGUACAAGAAAUCUGGAUGACUGCUGCUUACAUAACCAUGAAAGAAUUGUGCCUUCUUAGAAACAGAGUUGUAUAUGAUGGUAUACAUCCAAAUGCAGAGGAGAUGAAGAAGAGAAUUAUUCAACUUACUAAGGAAUGUGAAGUUAGGAUGAAGGGGUGUAUGUGGAAUACAGUGGAGGACCUGUUGAUUCUAAAAAAGUUUGGAAUGAAAUGUAGAAAGGUGAAGACAUCAAAAAUCCAGGAAUGUUCCUUCUCUUUCCCCACUGGUAACCAGAUUCUUCUGUGUUGUGAUGGAGCUUCAAGAAACAAUCCAGGCGAAGCUGGAUAUGGAUUUGUAGGAAAAAAUAAUGCAUGUACAGUGUUGAUUGCUAUGGCAGGAGGGAUGGGUAUUCCUACAAACUUUAUAGCAGAGGUUUUUGCAGUAAUAAAUGCAUGUGAAUGGGCCAUUAGUGAGGGAUUUUUUCAGCUGUGCAUUAGGACUGAUUCUAUGUCAGUUAUACACUCCUUUACAUCUGGAAAAGUUCCAUGGUAUGUGCAAACUAGAUGGAACAAAAUAGUGGAAGUUCUUAUUAGUUUUACAUUUAUUCAUAGCUACAGAGAAAUCAAUUUCUCUGCAGAUGGUAUGGAAAAAAUGGGAUCUACUUUAUCUAGAGGUGAAAAGAGAAUUUUCUUAAAUAUACCUCCUUUCAUGAUACAUAUGGAAAAUCCUGAUGUUACAUAUUAUAGAUUUGGUUGA